AUGUCCCAGCCAUCCAGGGCUGUCGUUCUCUUCUGCAAGCUGAACCGGAUUGACUUUGUGGAGAUCAAAGUAGACUUGUCUAAGCGUCAGCAUUUGUCUCCUGAAUUUACAGAGAUAAACCCUAUGCAGCUAGUGCCUGCUAUAGUUGAUGGAAGAUUCAAGCUAUUUGUGAAUCACGCAAUCCUCAUCUAUCUAGCUUGCGUAUUUCCGGGAGUUGCUGAUCACUGGUAUCCAGCUGAUCUUUUCAAGAGAGCUAAGAUUCAAUCAGUGCUUGACUGGCAUCACACCAGCCUGCGCCGCGGAGCAGUUAUGUUUGUUCUAAACAAGGCGUUGGGACCUGCACUUGGACGACCCUUGAAUCUAGAACUAGCAGCAGAAGGUGAGAAGAUUUUAACUGCAUCCUUGUCAAAGUUGGAGUCUUUCUGGCUCAAGGGCAGUGGGAAAUUCUUGCUCGGCGGGAAUCAACCUUCUAUAGCAGAUAUCAGCCUCGUAUGCGAACUAAUGCAAUUGGAGGUUAUGGAUGACAUUGACCGAAACCGAGUUCUCAGCCCUCAUAAGAAGUCAAGGAUGUGA